GACAGAUUAGUUUCAUUGGAAGAUGGGAAGAAUGAGAAACGAUUGACUGUGGUGGCAUUUAAGAUUGGAGAAAGUGUCCACGCUAGCUGAAUGAGUCUAGUAGUGUGGAGUUGGGAUAACUGGAGAGUUUCAUUCUCGUGAAAGAAUGGAAUGGUGAUUAAUUUAUAAAGGAGAAAGAAAAUUCUACUCCUGAUACUUUGGCAUCACAUGUCUCACACACAACUGCACCAGCACAAUCAAAUAAAACAUUAAAACGGCAAUUGUCUCAUGAAACAAUAACUCCACAACCACUUAUGUCAUUACAACUUGACGUUAAUGAACCACCACUUCACAAUGCUCCUGCUAAUUCAAUUCCUCUUAUGUCAUUUUAUGCUCCCCCAUGCUCAACUAAAUCUCAUCCUCAAUCACACCGUCGACCACCUCUUCAACGUAAACCACGUUUAUACAGCACAGUCUGUAGUCAAGCACCACAAGCAAACACUAAUACAAGUCAACACGUCACCAAUCAUCGCUCUGAUACAUCGUCAACAACCUUCAACACCAUCGACUCAUCAACACAACAACAGGAACACGCGACAUUCUUCUCACCAAACAACGAUCAACCAUCUCCUGGAUUAUCAAGUGCUUUUAAUACCGAGAUGAUCGAAUUAUCAUUGUCAAAUAAUCGGUUCAUAUACAAUGAUCGUCAAUCGAACUUUUACUUUCCUUCUCUUUGCGUAUUCUUCUCAUUUGCUAUGUCUAUCCGUUUCAAUUAUAUUGAUCAUCAGCAAUAA